AUGUCUCAUUUAUUUCGUCUGCCGCGGGAGCUGCGCGAGAUUAUUUACGGAUACUACAUCACCGUCGAUGGCGGGUACCUAUGCGACACCGACGCUUUCGUCGCCGGUCGGCUCAAGAGGAUUGACGGACAGCCCAUCGACAUAGCCUUGAUCUAUACCUGCAAGACUAUCGCAGAGGAGACGGACCGCGGAGGCCUCGCGAUGCGCCUCAACGCCAUCUCCUUCACAACUCUCUAUUCGCCAGACCUCAGCACCCUCGCCAAAGCUUUCCAGCAGUUGAUGAACGACGGCCUGGAGCCCCUCCGGGAUGCCAUGCUCAAAUGCGUUGGCUACCAUCUCUCGGAAAGUUCAAUCUUGCAGCUCAAGGGGGGCUACCCUUACCUCGCGCCCGUGCUGGACCGUCUCAAGUCCGAAGAGCCCCCAGCGCGCCUUGGACAUGAACGGAGCUACCGGACCUACAGGCGCAACGGGCCGUACGGCGAGGUCCCCUCAACCUAUCGGGAGUUUGUCAAAGAUGCGCUGCGCCUAGCGGCAGAAGAACCCGAAGCCUCACGUGCGAUACGUGACUUCGUGGGGGCGAAGAUGACGGGAGCCUACCGCGCGGAUGGGCCUUGGACUCAUUUCGAAAUUGUGAACGCCCGCUCGGAAGCCCGAUCCGACCCUGUCAAAUACCGGUUCUCCGCCGCCGCUGCCGCCAUUUACUUCCUGAAAUCCGUCCCUUGUACCCUCCGCCCUCACCUCCGCAAAAUCAUACUCCUCGAAGAUGCCAAAUGCGUCUCAAACCCAGAGUCUCAUGCUAGAGGACUCAUUCCGUUCUGCCAGGACAAUCCGUUGCUCCGCGUGGAACGCCGCGUCAAGCUGUGGACGAACGUAUUCCUCACGGGCAUCACGUACGAUGCAUACCUUGAAUGGCAGUGCGCUCAACAGACGGGCCAAUACGAAGAGGGCGUCCGUACUCCGACCAGAUAA